GCCACGACCUUUAAAUACGGGCCUCCCCGGGUGCCCACGGCAGCGUGUGGAGUGGGGACGCGGCCCGGGCCAGAGCCGCCGCGGACCGCGAGGUUGUGUUGAUUCUGGAGAAGCCCUGCUUCUGUUGGAGCCUGCGCUGCCAGGCAGCAGAAUUGUAAGCUAGAGUGACGCAGACAUCUAAGACUAUGAGCUCCAUCGUGGCUAUGGGUGAACCAAGGCUGAACUGGGAUGUUUCCUCAAAAAAUGGACUUAAGACAUUUUUCUCUCGAGAAAAUUAUAAAGAUCAUUCCUUGGCUCCAAGUUUAAAAGAACUGUGUAUUUUAUCUAACAGACGUAUAGGAGAAAAUUCGAAUGCCUCAGCAAGUUCUGCAGAAAAUGAGCCGGCAGCAACUCAAGCAAAGGAAAAAGUUAAAACCACAGUUGGAAUGGUUCUUCUUCCAAAACCAAGAGUUCCUUAUCCUCGUUUCUCUCGUUUCUCACAGAGAGAGCAGAGGAGUUAUGUGGACUUGUUGGUUAAAUACGCAAAAAGUCCUGCAAAUUCCAAAGCUGUUGAAAUAAGUAAAAAUGACUACUUGCAGUACUUGGAUAUGAAAAAACACGUGAAUGAAGAAGUUACUGAAUUCCUAAAGUUUUUACAGAAUUCUGCAAAGAAAUGUGCACAGGAUUAUAACAUGCUUUCUGAUAAUGCUCGUCUCUUCACAGAGAAAAUUUUAAGAGCUUGCAUUGACCAAGUGAAAAACUAUCCAGAAUUCUAUACCCUCCAUGAAGUCACCAGCUUAAUGGGAUUCUUCCCAUUCAGAAUAGAGAUGGGAUUAAAGUUAGAAAAAACCCUUCUGGCAUUGGGCAGUGUAAAAUAUGUGAAAACAGUAUUUCCCUCAAUGCCUGCAAAGUUGCAGCUCUCAAAAGAUAACAUAUCUGCUACAGAGACACCGGAACAAACAGCCACCGCUACGUAUUAUGAUAUUAGUAAAGAUCCAAAUGCAGAGAAGCUUGUUUCAAGAUAUCACCCUCAGAUAGCUCUAACUAGUGAAUCAUUAUUUGCCUUAUUAAAUAAUCAUGGACCAAACUACAAGGAACAGUGGGAAAUUCCAGUGUGUAUUCAACUAUUACCUGUUGCAGGUUCAAAACCAGUUAAAGUAAUUUAUAUUAAUUCACCACUUCCCCAAAAGAAAAUGACAAUGAGAGAGAGAAAUCAAAUCUUCCAUGAGGUUCCAUUAAAAUUCAUGAUGUCCAAAAAUACAUCUGUCCCAGUCUCUGCAGUAUUUAUGGACAAACCAGAAGAUUAUAUAUCUGAAAUGGAUAUGCCUCCUGAAGUUAAUGAGUGCCGAAAAAUUGAGACUCUUGAAAAUAUGGAUCUGGAUUUUGACGAUGACGUCACAGAACUUGAAACUUUUGGAGCAGCCACCACCAAACCAUCAAAGUCACCGAGUCCAGACAGCACUUCCACCGUACCCAACAUGACAGAUACUCCCACAGCCCCCAGCGUAGCAACCACACCUGUGGCACCAACUGCACCAGACAUUUCUGCUCAUUCUAGGAGUUUGUCUCAGAUUCUGAUGGAACAGUUGCAAAAGGAAAAACAGCUGGUGACAGGCAUGGACAGUAGCCCUGAGGAGCAUAAAAAUAAAGAUGAUCAGAGAUCUGUACCAUGUGAUAAAAAGGUAUCAGAUAGUUCUGACAAGUCUUUGAUGCAAGAUGGUGACUUGAAAACACCUGAUGCCUUACAGUUAGAAAGUUCUGAAGAAAAUGAAACCUCUAAUAAAAAUGAUACGGCUAAUGAUAUGGUAAGUGCCGAUGAAAGACUAAAUGUUCCAGAGAACACAGACAAUUCAAAGGAAAAGACUGUUACAUCAGAAGCAGGGAAAACUGAAGAUACGAUUCUUUGCAAUAGUGAUACAGAUGAAGACUGUUUAAUCAUUGAUACAGAGUGUCAAAAGAAUAGGAAUGAAAUGACAGCUGAUGUGGGUCCUAAUUUAAGUUCUAAACCAGCCAGCCCACAUUCUACACCAGGACAGCCUGCUGUAGGAAAUCAGACUACUACUACUUGUAGUCCUGAAGAGUCAUGUGUUUUAAAAAAACCUAUCAAACGAGUAUAUAAAAAAUUUGACCCAGUCGGGGAAAUUUUAAAAAUGCAGGAUGAACUUUUAAAGCCAAUUUCCAGAAAAAUACCUGAAUUACCCUUAAUGAAUUUAGAAAACUCUAAACAGCCUCCUGUUUCCGAACAACCCUCUGUUCCUUCAGAUGCCUCUAGUUGGCCCAAAACUGCGUGGCCUUCUGUGUUUCAGAAGCCAAAAGGACGAUUGCCAUAUGAACUUCAGGACUAUGUUGAAGAUACAUCAGAAUAUGUAGCUCCUCAGGAAGGAAAUUCUGUGUACAAGUUAUUUAGCCUGCAAGACCUGUUGUUACUUGUGCGAUGCAGUGUCCAGAGGAUAGAGACCAGACCACGCUCUAAAAAACGGAAGAAAAUCAGAAGACAAUUUCCAGUUUAUGUUCUACCAAAAGUGGAGUAUCAAGCUUGUUAUGGAGCUGAAGCUCUGACUGAAAGUGAGCUCUGUCGCUUAUGGACUGAAAGUUUAUUGCAUUCCAACUGCUCAUUUUAUGUUGCUAUAAUUGUUCAGAGUAAGUUUUUUUGUUAUUGUUUAAUUUUACAUGGAUUUCUUCUAUUUAAUAGGAUUUCAAGUUUGUUUAAUAUCCUCCAACACAUUCUAAAGAAAUUAAGUAGCUUGCAGGAGGGUUCCUACUUGUUGUCUCAUGCAGCAGAAGAUGCUUCACUCCGGAUCUACAAGACUUCCGAUGGAAAAGUGACUAGGACAGCAUACAACUUGCAUAAAACACAUUGCAGCCUUCCUGGUGUACCUUCCAGUCUCUCGGUUCCCUGGGUUCCUCUAGAUCCCAGUCUGUUAUUACCAUAUCAUAUCUAUCAUGGAAGAAUACCUUGUACUUUUCCACCUAAAUCACUAGGUCCCACAGCACAACAAAAGAUUAGUGGAACAAGAAUGCCUGCACACAGCCGCAGGAAUCCAGUUUCCAUGGAAACCAAAAGCCUGCCUGCUCAGCAAGUUGAAAAUGAAGGAGUGGCUCCAAAUAAAAGAAAAAUAACUUAAGGACUCUACCAUGGCAUAGGAAGAAAACCAGUUAUAACAACAUUCAAUUCAGAAAAGUUUGAGGGGAAAUCGGCCCAGAAGAUCAGCAGACAAGAUGAACGUUUUUCUUUUAGUUUUCAAGCAUUCUUAGAGUGCCUUGAAAAAACAUAUUGGCUAUGUGAAGGAAUGUUCGAACUAAAAUGGAUUGCUAUAUUCUUAACUCUUGAUGUUGAAGGAAAAUCUACAUACGUUUAAUGUUAUCAUGGCAGGGAAAUAUAUAGAAAAGAAAAUUAUUUUUAUAGUAGAACUUUUCCAAAAAUUGUAAAUAGGAAAAUAUUUUUUUUUCAAGAGCAAUAUUUACCAUUGUGUAUUAUGUUAAUAAUUUGAGUUAUGUCGCCAGUCUCUGAGAUUGGCUCAAAAGGUUAAAUCUUGCCACUGUCAGAGAUAAUUUUGAGCAAUCUGUAAACCUUGUUUCUGACCCAUUGUGACAGUUUUUUUAUAUAGUAUUUUCAAAUGAUGAUUGUUGCAGGUUAAUAAAAUUAAUACCUUUAAACACUUGGCAAAAUUCUAUUGCAGAAAGCAAAAUUAAAAAUCAAAAGCUUCCUGCUACCAAAAAGGCACAAGUUAACAAUUUCUUGUUGGGCUGCCAUCAGUUUGUUUUUAAAAAAAACACAAAGGAAACCUUUUUGUGUUACAGGUUUGGUGGCGAAGGCCUGUAUGUAUCUCUUGGCACGAAUCCCAGUUGAAUGUUGACAUACACUACUGAAAACAAAGAGAUGAGCAUGUUUUCGUCCAGAAAAAACUAUUUCAACUGAUAAGACUAAUAUGUGGUAAAACAUAAGCUAUUUUUUCUUCGUCUAUACUGAUUAAAUUUCCCAGGACUACUUAGAUGAAUUUGGGAAAGGGCAUGGUCAGCUGAUGUUAACUGUAGCCAAUUUGGACUUAAGAGGGAAUGGACUUAAUUUUUGUAUCCUUGUUCUUUAGUGUCCACUAAAGUGUUCUGAAAUACCUGCGUCAUCUAUAAAAUAUAAGUUUUGUAACCCAAGGCAAUAUUAGCUUUUUGGGGGGAUAUUUUUUUUAAUGUGUUUUCCAUUAAUAUAAGAAAUUUACAUUAACGUAAGAAAUCUAGAGUCUAGGUUCCUGGAAAUCUUAACUAUUAUAAGUAACAGUUGAAUAGUUUUAUUCUCAACUACCAAGUUUUGUUUUGAUGUUUUUGGUCAGUUAUAAAAUAUUUUUUAAUUAAUGAGGAAUUAUAGUAAAAUUGUUUUGCA